AUGUCCACGAUAGCCUCACCAAGGGCCAGCAUCUCUGUCCGCAGCGCCUCGUCCACGCGCGCUUCCUUGGACAGCGCCGCACGACCUCCGAAUGCGCGCCGCAACCGAACUGCGCUGCGCGAGUUCUACGGCAUCAAGAACGCCCCCAAAGAUGGCGAUGCAAAGAUUUCAGAGGAAUCAGCGCGGACGGAGCUUGGCCCAGAGGAAGACGAGACGCUGACGGAGCUGGAUGCAGCCGACUUCAACGCGGAGGCCUUUGUAGACAGCCUGCUAGCAAAGGAGGGCCUGAAGGGCGUGUUGAAGGUAGAAGCGGACUUGGUGUCACAAAUACGAAACCUCGAUAGCGACAGAAAGUCCCUCGUCUACGACAAUUACUCCAAGCUGCUCUCCGCGACUAGUACCAUCCGGCGAAUGCGCGGCAACAUGGACCCCCUAGCUCCUACUACGCACACCCUCGGGCCUGCCAUUUCACAUAUUGCUGAAACCGCUGCCUCAUUGUCCUCGUCGAUGCAGGCCAGCCCGUCAGGACUACACGGCCUGGGGAUCGACAUUCGCGUGGAAGGUAAGAAGCGGAAGCAGACGGAGACGGUCAGAUGGGUGCUGGACACGCCACGGCGCUUGCGUGAGAUGCUCGACCAACAGCAGGACGAGGACGCGGAGAAAGAGUGGGAACAGGUCAACCAGAUUCUGGACCAGUGGAAGGGCGCGGCUGGUGUGGAAGAGCUCAGGGAAGAGUGUGAACGCAUAUGGAACGAGGACGAUGUGUCUGAGUGA